CAAACGGAAGCUUCCAGCGGACAGGACAGCAAGCCGAGCUUUAGCGACCGUGUAGACAGAUAAACUAGCUGCACUUCUAGUAACGGAUAUCUAUUUAUUUAUUAUUUAUUUCUACAUUGUUUUAAAUCCCGAUGGCCGAAGCCCGGCGUGAAGAGGAGGGAGAGGGGGAGCGCAGAGAGCUGCGGGACGUCCGGAACAGAAGCCAGACAACAGAUCAUCCUGAAAGAACCAAGCCAGAUCACUUACAUUCUAGCCAAGGACCUCUGUCUUCUAUACGAGCUGCUAUCAAACGAACAAGGACAAACGCUCAGAGUCACCAUCCCAGAGAGAGAAGGCGACCAGAGAUCACCAUCGUCUCAGCAGAACCUCUGGCCAGUAACAACUGGUUCUCAGGAACCUCUGAGAUUUUCCCUCCUCCUCCUCAGUCAGGCUGGUCUGCAGGGAUCCAGGCUGUUACACAGCCCCCACCAUCCUAUGAGCAGGUGAUUGAAGAGAAGACCCAGGAAGAGCACAUUGUCAAGCCCACUGCAGCCCCCCGCCGGACCACCUGCACCACCACAAGUGCCACACAGACAGACCCUGUGAGGGAAGACCCCUCGCAGACUGCUCCACAGUCAGCAGGGAAAAGACCUGCUGGUAAAAAGCCACAAAAACCACCAAGACCAUCGCUGCCGAAAUCAGUGGAAAGAAAACAGGCCGCUGAAACUGUUGCACCCACUGACGAGAAGGUUGGAACAAAUACUACAGUAUCCACAAACACUGAGGACCAAAGUGACUCAAAGUCAGAUGUAAAGCAACCCAACCAAGCAGAUUCCACUCACACAUGCACCAGAUCUGUCACUGUACACUGGGAUAUUCCUACAAAACAUCUUUCUGCCACUGCUGCUGAAACUAUUCCCUCUUCUUCAGACUCAGAACUCGGUCAACGCCCCGUUCCACUUCCUCGUACAAAAUCCCGAAAGCAGGCAACUACAGAAGAGGUUAAAGUUCAGACUUUGGUCAAGCUCAGUGAAAAUUGUGACAGCGCUCAAUCUGAUCCAGAGGACGUCUCCUCAAAUAAAUAUUUAAAGGAGUUAUUGGAGGUCUUUAGUGCAGAUAACGAGUGUGAGGAGGACGGUGACACCGUUAACCAAUCGGACGAGGCCUUACAAGGUGAAGAUGCUGACAAGAUGAACACCAACCACAGUCAAAGCAAUAUCCAGGCCAGGAUCCGGGCCUUUGAGAGUAGCGCCAAGGAGGGAAAUGUGGUUGAACCAGCCAAACCAGAACCUCGACCUAGGAAGCCGACCGACAGACCUCCAGUUGCUGCUAAACCUUUUGUACCUCUUAAACCUCAGUUUAAUCACAGUAUAGAUGAUGGCAAUCAAAAUGUCUCAUCUACAAACAUCCCUCAAAACCCUACACUAGCCCCUAGACCUCAGCCCCUGAAGAAACCUGUGGGAUCUGUAAAAGAGGAACUAGAGACUUUACUCAACCAGACGGCCAUCCCAAACAGAUCACGUCCUUCUGUACUGACAAGAGCCAACAGCAUCUAUGAAGAAGCGUCACCAGUUCUUCCUACACCUCCAGUGAGGCCUUUUAAGGAACCUCUGAAACCCAACCUUAAUAUAAACAACCACAACUCAACCUCCAUGUUCGGAGAGAAUGAGUAUGGGGGCAGUCCAUCAAAUCACAUCCCGGUCAAGCCUCAGCAUAAUGUGGACAGCAAUGGAGGCUCUUUCAACAGACAAAGUCUAACACGGAGACCAACCACCAUCAGGAUCCCCAGCAGAACUGGUUCAUUGUCAGAUAAUUUUCAGGACAGUCCCCCUCCUCUGCCACCUCAGAAGCCCAUAGGCUACCUAAACACCCCAGUGAACCACAAACAAAACCUGACGCCCAUCCUCAACUUCCAGGAGUCUUUCCAGUUUGGACCAGAGCCAUCACUACCACCUCGGAGGCUGACUACAAGCAAAACCCUCCCACCUCGCCCACCUCCAGCCAAAACAGGCCCAGGAAGACCUCCCCCACCCAGCCUUCAGGCCUCAGGCCGAUCCCAUUCAGAAUCAUGGGAAGCUUCACCAAAACCCCAGGCACAGAAGCCCCACAGGAAAGGACCCGUCUUACCUCCAAGGCCCAGCCCAGGCCAUCGACUCUACAACAAUUACACUCUUCAACUUCCUCAUGCGAUUGCUGCCUUUGACUACAAUGGGAAUAAUACAGGAGAACUGUCAUUUCAGAAAAAUGAAGUCCUUCUGCUGCUAGAGGAGAUUGACCACAAUACGUUCGAGUGCCAAGUUGGAGACACCAGAGGCAGAGUCCACAUGUCUCGCAUGAAGAUCAUAACUCCUCUUGCCUCCGUCUCAAACAUGUCCCCACCACAGGGUGCCGGUCCAGCUGGUUCCGGUGGAGAUGGUUAUGGGUUUAAUGUGCAGGCCAUACAUGACUUCAUUCCAGAGGGUCCAGGAGAGCUGGGUCUGAGAGCAGGAGAUGUUGUGACCAUGGUGGAGCAGGUGGACAGUGAGUGGUACAGAGGCUCUUGCAGCGGAUCUACUGGUUUCUUUCCCAUCAAUUAUGUUAAAGUCCUGUCAAAUUCACCAAAACCCCUCCCUGAACGGAAAGCGAAGCCACCACCUGCAACAGUCAGUGGUCCGAGAUGCGUGGCGAGGUUCGACUUCGAGGGGGAGCACAGUGAUGAGCUGUCGUUCUCUGAGGGGGAUGUGAUCCAGCUGCAGGAGUUCAUUGGACAGGACUGGGCUCGAGGACAGAUCGGUGUCUUUACUGGUGUCUUCCCUCUUAACUUCGUAGAGGUCAUUGAAGAUCUGCCUCCACCUCCAAGUCAGCAGCACCAGUCCACCAGGAUAUCACUGCCUGGCAUGGCUACUUCUCCGAGUACACACCCUCAAGUUGCCAAACCUGCUCAGACGCCUCAGUCCAGUGUGGAGUGGGCGGUGGCUCUGUAUGACUUUGCUGGGAAGUCAGACAACGACCUGUCCUUUCAACAGGGCGACUGCAUCCUGAUCACCCAGCAUAUUGACGCAGAGUGGAGCUGCGGCCAGCUCAACGGCAGAGAGGGCAUGUUCCCCAGGGCUUUUGUUGAGAGCAGCACAGGCCAGCAGUCAUCUGAUAACCAGCAGAAUGUAGCUGCUGCUGGUGGUGGUAGAGCCAGGGCUUUGUUUGACUUCACAUCAGACUGCGAGGAGGAGCUCUCUCUGAAGGUUGGGGAUAUUAUAACCAGUCUGGAGUCCGUUGAUGAAGAAUGGUUCCUGGGUGAUUUGAGAGGGAAACGGGCCCUGGUUCCUAAAAACUAUGUGCAAGUACUGGGAUAAUGCCACGUGACUUUUGGUACAACAAAAAUGGGACACUCCUGGCUGAAGGGAACUGAAAUGAGAUCUGAGGACAGAUGUUUUCAGCAGUGGAAGUCUGAAGUGAACUUUCUUAAACUGGAAUGCAGUAUAUCUCGUUUUCACCUGCGGCAAGAAGUGUUCACUGAAAUGUAUCAGGGGUAUGAGUAAAGCUGGCUGGCAAUUUAAAUACCUUGGAUAUUGAUUUACAAGAUGAUUUUGGAUUAUUCACCAACUGUGCAAUUGCACUAUCUAGUGGUUUCUCAUAAUUUUCCUACAAUUAGUUGAUUACCAUUACAGCAUCUCCAAUACAUUUUGUAGAUCUUACUUUUCCAUCAAUCUAGUUUGAUUAUAUGGAAUUAAGUUCAAAUAAAAAGGUCAUUCCACUUCUGGGGAACAAAUAUUGUUACAUUAGGACUAAGAUUACAAACACUUGAGUUUUAUGCUGCUUCCUUACCAUUAGAUUACUCAUUUGAGUGCAUUAUUUACAUCCUGGAAGCACCAGUUUCCCCUGUAUUAACUAAAUAUUAGAAACUAAUGUGAUAAAUUUAAUGCCAAGUGAUGAGUCUUAUGCAAUAUAGGCUAUUUAUACUGCAUAUUCCCAAAUCACUAAAUACAAGUCAGCAUAGAUUGUCAAUUUGUUAGUCCUGUGUGAGUACUGGAUUUGAUUUUAUUGCUUAUGUAAGAUUCUAUUGUAUCUACAAAAUGUACUGGGCUUUUACUAUAUACACACACAAAGAACAGUACAGUUUGUUGGUCAUUUACAUUUUUUAUUAAAUCUGUCAGGGUGUUUUAAA